UCAGGACGUUCCCAGUUUGAACCUCAACUCUACCAUGCAUUUGUGAACCGUCAAGUUUGUAAGGAAGUUUGGAGCAGCCAUGUUAAAAGACAGCUGGGCCUGGCAACCAAGAGGUCUUCUUGCUGUUUGCAUGCUAUUUGAGUCACAAAAACCACUGCUACAAUGACGACAGGAAGAUGCAUGCAACUCCGAAGAAUGAAGCAUUCACAGGCCGGCAGGAGGGAGAAUCAUCUCUUGAGACAGCAAUGGGGUCUUGAAAAGCUCACCAAGUUCGAGCAAGAUAUGUGCUGUUUGCAGUAGCCAUGAGAUGAUGUUCAGGAAGAACAGGGCACUGUGGGGAGGAAAUGUGUCAAAACUCAAUUGGUGUCAUGAAUGCUACCAUAUGCCACUCUUUGCCUUUUAACACCACCAAGUACUUCACACUCCCUGUCUAUUCUGUGGUGUUGGCAGUUGGGCUGCCCCUGAACAGCCUGGCACUUUGGGCCUUGAUCUACCAGAUGAAGAGAUCCAUCAUCCUCUCUGUUUACAUCAUGAACCUGGUGUUGGCCAACAUCUUGCAGACCCUGACCCUCCCUUUCUGGAUGUACUACAGCUACCACAAUCACAAAUGGGGCCUGGGGAAAGGGGCAUGUGUGCUAGCCGGCUUUGCUUUCCGCACAAACUUCUACGCCAAAAACAACUUCCUGUGCCUCAUUGCCAUGGAGCGCUACUUUGGCCUGGUCCAUCCUCUCAGAUUCCACAGGCUGCAGACCAUGCAAGGUGCCACCAGGGUGAGCAUUGCUUGUUGGCUCCUUGUGGCAACUCUCUGUGCUGUUGGCAUUGGCUUACAGAUGCAGGGUUCAGGGCUGACGCAGGAGCACUGCCUAGAUGGCUCUGAGGUGAACUAUGACUAUAGUCAGUUUAGAUUGUCCAUCACAAGCUUGUCUUUCUUCAUACCUUGCCUUCUCAUGGGGUUCUUCUACUUCAGGGUCCUGCUUGAAUUGAGGAAGGUGGCCUCUCUGGAGCAGAGAGCAAAGAGGCAAAUCUACGGCUUCGUCUCCCUCAUCAUUGUCACUUUCUUCCUCCUCUUCAUGCCUUUCCAGGUGAUUUCAUUUUACAGAUAUGUAAUGGAAGCAAGGCUCAGAAGGGAUGCAACCAGAAGCUGUGACAUGGUAAGGGGCAUCUUCAUCUAUGAACACACAACUUUGUGUUUAACAACCCUGGGCAACAUCCUUGACCCUCUCCUUUACAUCCUGCUUCUCAAAGAUGUCCGGGCAGAGUUCAAGCAUGUCUUCAGCUUCAAGGCUCACAGGACAGGAGUCUUAUACAAGUCAGAACAGCAAGGGGUUCCACCGUGUGUUACUGGUGGUGACCAGACACAAGACCAGGUUGGGAUAUAG